GAGAAGCUGGAGUUCAUCCUGGCGGCCCACCGGCCUGCCUGCAAGAUGCCUGAGGAGCUGCGCUUCUCUGAGGAGCUGGCAGCUGCCACUGCACUGGACCUGGGCACUCCUAGUCCCCCUGUGACUGAGGAGGCUGCCUUUGCCCUGCCACUCAUGGCUGAGGCACCCCCAGCUGUGCCACCCAAAGAGACCGGUGGCAGUGGGCUGGAGCUCAAGGCUGAGCCCUUCGAUGAGCUGCUUUUCUCCACGGGGCCACGGGAGGCCUCCCGCUCAGUGCCCGACAUGGACCUGCCUGGGGCCUCCUCCUUCUACGUGUCGGACUGGGAGACACUGGGUGCAGGGACCAGUGGUGAGCUGGAGCCCCUCUGCACCCCUGUGGUGACCUGCACUCCGUGCCCCAGCACCUACACCUCCACCUUUGUCUUCACCUACCCUGAGGCGGAUCCUUUCCCCAGCUGUGCUGCUGCGCACCGGAAGGGCAGCAGCAGCAAUGAGCCCUCGUCUGACUCCCUCAGCUCCCCCACCCUCCUCGCCUUGUGAGGGGCUCCAGCACUGACUGACCUGCUGGGUCCCCUCCCCUGCCCAUGCACCCCCACGGACUUGCUGCUGUGCCCCAUGGGGCUCCCCGGGCCUGGGGAGGGCCCUGCCACCGCCACCCCCCUGGCUGGCCUGGUGCCCUGCAGCCUGGCAGAGUGCCCUGCAACGAGGCCUCGUACCUCUUCCAGAGAUGUAGCAAAUCGCAUGGAGUUUGUCUUGUCCCCAAUGGCCCAUCUAUGAGAGCUGGUAGUCUGUAGCAUGUCCACAUGGCUGGGUAGGUGACUCCCUCCCCUCCUUAGUAUCACUAGCAUUAACUAAUUAAUCUCUUGGUUUUAAAUGAUUGGAAUUUAACCUGGUGCUGGGUAUCUCCAACUUGUAUCUAGUGCAGCUGAUUAACAAUAACUACUGUGUUCCUGGCAAUAUCGUGUUCUGAUGACUUAGCAAUGACCCAUCUUACGUGGGGGGAAAGAGACUCUAUUUUCUAGUAGGUAGAUAAAUAGCUAUAUCCAUGUACUGUAGUUCUACAUUGAUGUUCAUUGUAACUUUACUGAUCAUGCAUUGUUGAGGUGGUCUGAAUGUUCUGACAUAAGUUUUCCAUGAAAACGUUUUUAUUGUGUUUUUAAUUUAUUUAUUAAUAUGGAUUCUCAGAUAUUUAUAUUUUUAUUUUAUUUUUUUCUACCUUGAGGUCUUUUUUGACAUGUGGAAAGUGAAUUUGGAUGAAACUUAAGCAUUGUUUGCUUAUUAUUGUUCGGAGACAUUGUCAAUAAAAGCAUUUAAGUUGACUGCUGGA